AUGGAGAGCACGGAUAUUUUUGUGGAACCUCUGGAAAACAACGACUCGUUGGCGGAUAGGAUUGGUGAGGUAAUACGAGAAGCUCAGGCGACAUCUGAUUUAAGCCAAAAACUAAAAUCGCUCAGCAAGGCAGAAUACUUGCUGCUAAGCGUCGAUAAUUCCGGUCAUUUACUGGAUAAUUUUCUGGAUGAGAUGCUUGAGUUCACGUCUUCUGAUGAUUUUCACAUGCGUUGCUUUUCUGCAAGCUUCAUUGAGAAAGCAUGUAAGAAAGAUGCCGAUGUUCUCAAGAAGGCUAUAACCAAUCUUUCGUAUCUAUUAAUGUCGGGUAAUCAGUCACGAGGCGGAAUAAAGGUUAUGAAACGAGUCAUCAUAGUUUGUGCAAAUAUCUACCCGUAUAUACUGAAGUGGGCAUGUAGUCGUAAAGCAGAUUCUGACGUCGAAAAGUGUUGGGAUGCUUUUUCCGUACUCAAAGGAAGAAUAGUGAGUCACGCAGACUCAGACAAUGAGGGCAUAAGAACACUGACAUUCAAAUUUCUGGAAGCGAUCGUACUAUCGCAGUCCUUAAGAACAGAGGAUAGCGACGUUAGCAGGGGUGAAGAUAUUAUGUCACUUAACGACGUACCUCGGGAUCAUCGGUUUAUCUCUUACCGAAAACUGCAGUCCGAAGCAACAGUUAAUCUUCAGUCUCUCAUGGAUCAGACGUCCUUGCCUCAUAUAUCCGCUCAGAACCUGCUCACCGUUCUAAAUGUUCUUUGUACUAUUUCAAGACGAAGGCCGGAGUAUAUGGCUCGAAUUCUUGAUUGCCUAGAAGCUCUUCACAUUAAUUUGCCUCCUACACUUGGAGCUAGUCAGGUUAAAUCCAUGCGGAAGGAACUGAAAGCCCAUAUGCUGCGGAUUCUGAAACACCCUUCAUCGUUACCGUUGCACCCCAGGAUCACAACUUUACUAACCGAUUUGGGAGCCUCUCAAAGUGAAAUAAAUAAGGCAAUGCCGACAAAUAUAGUCGAGCUAAGACGUAAAGCCUCUAAGCGUUCAACAUCGGCCGACGAGCCGCUCACUAAGAAGAAAGCUCGGGGCGAUGAUGCUUCUGGUGUUGUAUUUGACGAUGAUGAGUACGGAGAUGAUGACCCGGCAAGUUCUGAUGGGUCAGCUGCUAUACCGGAUACUGCACAUCAGUCUGCUAUCGAUAUCACUGCAGAGUUCAUCUAUGAACGUCUCAAUCCAAAAGUUGUUGCCAAUUUAGUACUGAUAUCUUUGGCAACAGCACAGGAGUUAGGUCCAGGUGCCGAACAGAUUCGUAAAGAAAAAUUGGCAAAGUUUAUAGAAAGGCAGUCUGCUCGAAGAGAUGGCGCUUUCGUGCCUCCUACACCUGCUGUGCACCUCGGAAAACCACGACCUCCUCAACCUCCUAUCGUUCCUAUUGGCGGUCUACCUGGACCAAAUUUGCACAAUGCAGGUCGCGCUCGUCAAGGAGGAACAAUGUCUAUGCAUCAUGUCGUACUUGUCCGUAUAGCGACCCGAUUCCAUCCACUUCCGGAAAAACUUCAUAGUGAACUAAUAGAAUUUAUCGUUGAGACCACACAGCAUCGGCAUCGGACGGAUCUGGCUCUUUUGUGGGUCACGGAGUUGUACUCACAGUACCAGGGGUUCACUUUAUGUUUCAAUCACGACUACAUGUCUUCAUUUGGCCGUGCACCGAAAUCGGAACUUUUUGGAAAGUUUGAUUCAACACUCUGCAGUCUUUUGCAGAAAUUACUAGACAAGGGACAGCAUAAAGAAGCGUUGUUCCAUAAACUCCUUCUCGACUGCCCUUUGGUUACCUCGAAUGCUUUGAACAUCCUAGAGAAGGCUUGUUUGGAUGAGCUGUUUAUUUUCUGCAUUGAUUUCGAUAAAUGUGAAUGUUUUGAGGAGAUCUAUGAAAUGUUCAAUAACAACGAAUUAGAAAUAGCGUAUUUCGUGAAAAGAGAUCGACGAAAAUCGAUUUCUGUUUACGGAGCUUUCGGGAUAACAACACUUCGUGAGUUGCUGCUAACGAGAAAUCGUCAAAGAGCAGAGCUCAUCGAUCUCCUUUUCAACCUAUGUUUCUAUGACCGUAUGGAGGUGAAAAAUUUGUGUGUGGACACCUUGAAGGAAUUGUGUUCGUUGAAAUACAUGCAUCGUGACCUUCGAUUGAAACUCAUCGAGCAAUUGAAUGAGUGCGCUUUACCGAAGCCGCCGCCUCACUUCGUCAAGUAUAUGAAGGUGACCGAGUUUGAUGAAACAUUGUAUCGUAGUGGAAUCCACUUGUAUCUGGCUAUUCUCCCUCUCGAUACCUCGCUUUUAAUGCCCUUAGCACAGGUGUACACGAAAGCUUCGACUCUGCUCAAAAAGGUGUGGUUGUUUGAGAUAAUGUUGCGAUCGAUUGAGAAUUCGAUUAAAGCGAUAGGUAUGGAUAACAAGGAUAUGUUACAAUUGUUGGAAGAGUGUCCAGUGGGAGCAGAGUCUUUUGUUGCUCGAGUUGUUCAUUUGCUAACUGAAAGACGUCAGUUGUUUUUUCUUUUUCGCCUUUUUUGGGGUUGGUUUUGUGACAUCAUCGGCCUUCGGCCUUAUUUGUGUCAUUUUGCAGAAAUUGCCACAAAAGAAGUCGUUUCACGAAUAAAGAAGUUGCACGAAACUAGGAAGACGGACGUGCGAUCCCUCAUUCCAAUUUUGAAUGGUCUUGACAAGUACCCCUCGUUGGACAGUUUUCUGGGAAACAUCGUACAAAAAGUGAUAGCAAAGGACCAGUCAUCACGUGACGAAAUAGCACGGAAGGCGUUUUAUCGAGCUCUCAAUAGUCUUAAAACUGUUGCAUAUUCGGCUAUUCUAACCAAAUUCACAAUGGAGGAAUUUGAAGAGUUUCUCGGAUACUGUAACCGUACCGAAACGCUAUUAGCUCUGAAGGAAUUCCUCCCCACUCUCUCAACCCAUCAGCAGAAAAAUAUCAACUCGGCUAUCAUCAACAUGAUUAAAGACCGAGAUGACAAGAAAGAAAAGUCGAGAGAUGAUAAAGAUAGGGAUAAGGACAAGGAAAGAGAGCGAAUACGGCUGGACAGGCGAGACCGCGACAGAGAACGCGAAAGGGUGGGUUUUUAA